AUGAUAUUAGAACAAGAAAUACUCAUAGAAUAUGUCAGUGCGUCAAUGUACGAAAUGGAACGUUACCUCCGCGAGGAGCCACGGGGAAAGCGCGGUGCGCUUUACCAAGACGCUGAAGACUGGGGAGUUUCGACUACCACACUUCCCCUGACCCCGUCGGCGUCGCCAGCCUCCCCUUAUCACCCAUCUCUCCGGGGCUCUUCACUGUGUCCGCAGUCAAAACAGAGCCUCUAA